CGUCUCGCCAGCCUAAGCUCCUUGCACCAUGGCAGGCCUCCCCAAUCGUCCCUCUGAUUUCGAUGCGGCGCACACGGAGAAAGAGAGCAUUCCCAACGGCGUCACUGAUGGCGCCAGCAGCUCCCUCGCCAACGGGCAACCCACCGAUAACAUCCACAAUAUCAGCACCGAUGUUUUGAUCGUGGGCGGUGGGUUUGGGGGCAUCUAUGGGCUGUACCAGCUUCGCAAAAUGGGGUUGCGGGUGAAGCUGUUCGAAGCUGGCUCCGACUUUGGCGGCACCUGGUAUUGGAACCGAUACCCAGGGGCGCGCGUCGACAGCGAGACACCCUACUACAGCCUCUCCAUCCCCGAGACGUACAAGAACUGGCAUUUCACGGAACGCUUCCCCGGUCACCAGGAGCUGCGGCGCUACUUCAAGCACAUCGACCGAACCCUGGACCUGAGCAAGGACGCAUACUUCAACACCGUGGUCGUCGAAGCCAAGUUCUCGACAGAGACUGACGAAUGGCACGUUCGCACCGACGACGGCGGCCUCGCAAAGGCCAAAUACCUCGUGCUGGCGACGGGGUCGUCCUACAAGAAGCACUACCCGGACUUCAAGAACAUGGACAAGUUCAAGGGCCGCCUCAUCCACUCGGCCCUGUAUCCCGAAGAGGGCAUCGACGUGACGGGCAAAAAGGUCGGCGUGAUCGGGUCAGGCGCAACGGGGGUGCAAAUCGUCCAGGAGCUCGCACGCGAGGACUGCCAAUUGACCGCCUUCGUGCGCACCCCGAACCUGGCUCUGCCGAUGCACCAACGCAAGCUCACAAAGGAGGAGCAAGACAACGCAAAGUCCUUCUACCAGGCCUACUUCCAGGCCGCGAAGCAGUGCCUGAGCGGCUUCCCGUACAACCCGGCGACCAAGACCUUCUUCGAAGCCACCCCCGAGGAGCGGCUCGAGUACUGGGAGGAGCUGUGGCAACGGGGCGGCUUCAGCUUUCUGAUCUCCAACUACCGCGAGUUCCUGACCAACAAGGACGUGAACCGCGAAUUCUACCAGUUCUGGGCCCAGAAGGUGCGCGCGCGGAUGAAGGACCCGUUCAAGCGGGACGUGAUGGCGCCGCUGACCCAGGGCCACUGGUUCGGCACGAAACGGCCCUCGCUGGAGCAGGACUACUACGAGAUGAUCGACCGCGACAACGUGACGCUGGUGGACCUGACGGCCACGCCGAUCGUCGAGUUCACCGAGACGGGCAUCCAGACCACCGACAAGCUGCACGAGUUCGACAUCGUCAUCCUCGCGACGGGCUACGACUCGGUGACGGGUAGUUUGAUGGACAUUGGCCUGGUCGACACCGACGGCGUGUCCCUAGGCGACAAGUGGAAGGACGGCACGUACACCUACCUCGGCCUGGCCAUCAACAAGCUGCCCAACAUGUUCAUGGUGUAUUCGCCGCAGGCGCCCACGAGCCUGUCCAACGGCCCGCCCAUCAUCGAGAUGCAGAUCGACUGGAUCUGCGAGGCGAUCCGGAAGAUGAAGGCGGAGGGCAUCCGGUAUGUGGACGCCAAGCAGGAGGCGGCCGAGAAGUGGCGCGAGGACAUCCAGAAGAUGAAUGCCAUGACGCUGUAUCCGGAGACGAACAGUUGGUACAUGGGCGCCAACAUCCCCGGAAAGCCUCGCGAACAACUCAUCUACCUCGCCGGGCUGGACGUGUACGACCGGGCGACGAAAGAAGCGCUAAAGACAUGGGACGGGUUCGAGGUGGUCAAGAAUAGAGUUGUGCAACUGAGGCAGAAGACAGAGAGUGAGUGAACCAGAGAGUCAGGGAGUGAAUGAUAGGGUGAGUGAGCGAUGACGAAGAGAUUGCGAGGUGGUCUACGACUGACCUGGCUUUUUCAGGGGAAG